AGCUUAGGACUUUGUUCAAAGCCUGUCAGAUCCUGAAAAAAUUGUUUCCUACUGAUAUUUGACUCUGUCGGUAAAAACAAACGCAAACCGGUUUUCCUCUUUGUCCUUUUUUUCUAUCUUUUUUUACGUACCGCCCACUGUCCCACUGUACCAUCUCGCUUCACUUUAAAAUAUACUUCACUAACAGAUAAUUGUUGACUUGCUUGUAUGUUAGUGCAUAUCUGAAUCGCCAAUUAUUCUUGAGGCAUCGAUCCCAAGCAAUCCAGAUAUAAAGAAGUUUCACGGAUUAAGUUCUCCCAGGUCAGCACCUCAAGAACAGAUUGCGAAGCAGAUGAUAGGAACACGAAUUUUCUACAAUCAGUCGCCCCAGAUUCAAGACAUCACGGUAUCCCGGCCCGGAUGUGGAAGGCCAUCCCCUGAAGGAUCAUUGUCACCCUCCGAGUCUUUCCAAGGACGUCCUGCCAUGCUGCAACCUCCCUCUCCGUCGCAGAAAGCUUGUCAACUCCAACAGCGAGCAUCGGUGCAUCAGAGUGAAUGGCAAGCUAAUAAAUCACAGAAGAUUAGCCAUUGCGACGUCCCUCAAGGCCAAUCCGUCAACCAGUUCGAGGGAGAUCAGGUCAAGAAAGCCCGGGUUUCUGUCAGGGCUCGCUCAGAUGCUGCAACGAUGAAUGAUGGAUGCCAAUGGAGAAAGUAUGGCCAGAAGAUGGCAAAAGGGAAUCCGUGGCCUCGCGCAUAUUUCCGCUGCACUGUUUCGCCCGGCUGUCCAGUUCGCAAGCAGGUACAAAGAUGCGAAGAGGACACCUCAAUUCUGGUCACCACUUACGAAGGGACUCACAACCAUGCGCUGUCGCUCGCUGCUGCAGUGAUGGCGUCGACCACGUCCGCUGCAGCCUCCAUGCUUCUCACGGGAUCCACCACUAGCGCCACGCCUCAUAUGGCCACGACGCCUCAGUUCAUCACAAUAUCGGGCCCUCAAGGACAAAACUCCACAGCAGUCCCGGCAAUAUCUGCUUCCUCCCCGUUUCCAACAAUCACAUUAGACCUGACGAACACUCCCGCCUCCCAGAUAAGCAACAGAUCGAACAACUCCCCUGGCACUGCAUCCACAAAUUUGCAUUACUUCCAGGACACCACCAUCAAUGGCGUCACAAUCUCACAAGCUACCACUCAGCAACAAUUGAUGAUCCCCCAACAACCCACUACAAUAAGCUGCCCGAUGUUCCUAAAUGAAACAGCUCACAAACACGAUGGCAGCAAUUUAACCCUAAGAGGGGCUUUCAGCGACCCGACCACCCAUCACCAUCGCCAAAUGGACUCCUCGGACGGGACACGCAGCGACCACCAGCACAAACCGGCAGUAACACAACCACCAGAAUCACCGACGACACUGGCCGAGUCCAUGACAGCCGCCACAGCAGCGAUUACUUCCGAUCCCAACUUCGCGGCAGCUCUAGCGGCGGCCAUCACGUCCAUUCUAGCUCACCAGCACAACAACAACAACAACCAGAGCUUGCAGGAUCUGGCCACGCAAGUUACGGAGAUCAGGCACAGGGAGGGGCACCAAAAUACGUCCUUACCGCCGUCGUCAUUCACUCCGGUGGCAUCCAGCGGCACCACGGAAGGACUGCAGGUGCAACCUAUGUCCCACGAUGCCGAACUCUCAACCAUUCUGGCGUCGGCAAUGAUGUCCACAUCGAAGGAUCCACCUUCGACCGGAUUGUCCAAGAGCCCAAGGCCCUUCGUCAGUCAAGGAUCUGCGGUGGCCGCGGCGCCGGACCGGCGCCAUCAGUAA